UUCAGCUAGUUUGUAUGUGCUAGCUAUCUAAAAAACAGCUGCUAGUUUAAUUUGUAUGUGCUAGCUAGUACCUCUUCGAUCUGUCUUCAGUUCAUCCGCAUCCAUCUCCUAACUAGAUGCUCUGGCGGUGGUGCGUGCUCCCUUUAGCAAUCAAUGAGAGACGUGUCCUUAUUUCUCCUGAAGAACUCUCUGGGAUCGAAGAUGAAGAAAGGCUUGAGAAACUUCUGCAACGACGAUGGCUCAACCUCUACCCUCAACCAACAUGGCAGUAGCCGCCCCAGCCCCCUUGGUCUUGCUCUUAGUCAACAUGAUCAUGAUCAUACCUCCCCAGUAGGUCCUGUCAAAGUCGACUCUGGCUUUAAUAAACAUUGGCAAAAUGCUGCUGCUAAUACUGAUGAUCAUCAAUAUCGUCUUCAGGAAAUGGAAAGGCAGCCAACGUUGGAGGAGAUGAUAUUGAAGUUGGAUUUGGAAGAGGAGAUUGCAAGAAAAUCAAAGGCGCUGCAGCUCAUGAAAGAGGGCCCAGAAGACGAUGACUACAAUGUUGAUAUGAAUGGACUAAUAAUGCGAGGACCGGGUAGGAUGUCUUGCGUAAAUAAUUCAGAUAUUUUGCGGUCUGCAAGGAAUGCAUUGAAUCAGUACCCUCGUUUCUCUCUUGAUGGCAGGGAUGCCAUGUACCGCUCUUCCUUCAGAAACAACUUACAUUUGAAGCAGGAUCAUAUUGGUAUUGUAGGGCAGGAAAAGCUGAGGCCAACUCAUCGUGAUCACAGAAGAAGCUCAGAUGUAUGCUCAUCAAUGGGCCGUGAUGCAAGCAGCAGUACCACGAGGUCUUUGUAUCGUCGUCGUUUGCCAGCAACUUUAGCAGGGGAGAGUGUCGUAUGGUGCAAACCAGGUGUAGUAGCCAAACUGAUGGGGCUAGACGCCAUGCCAGUACCAGUAAGUGUUAGUGGUAAAUUCAAAGGUAGUAGUAAUGAAAAGUUGUGUUACAUCUUGAAGCAGAGUCAACGAAACAUGAUCACUAUGAGGAGCAAAGGUGAGCAGAGACAUGAAUUGGAGAAAAGAUCAAUGAUGCACGCUAUGGAUCGUAGUAUUCCUGCAGCACGUAAUUGUAGCAGAUUUAAUAAUUGUAAGAAAGGCAAGGCUGCUGCUACUACUACUACCGGUUCCUGCAGUACCACAUCCAAAACUACUCCAGCUGGCAAUUACUGUGUUGUUAAGCCAUUAGUCACCAUACAGCAUUCAGAUAAUAACUAGUAGAUCGAGGGAGGGUACUUAAAGCCAGUUUUAUGACUGACAAUGUAUACGCGGUCAGAAUUACAAUCACCGUCACUAAUACUCUUCUGAUUUGAAACGAGUGAAAUCCAUUGGUAAUAGUAAUUGUGGAUGACUCUUGCAGUUUCACCUUCAAAAUGCUAAUUAUCGAUCAGUAAGGAGAUUUUUCCUUAUAUGUGUUGGUUAUUUGUUUAGAAGACUGCAUACUGAUAUUUGUAUAGUUC